UUUUUUUGGAAGUACUGGGGUUUUGUUAAGUACAGGUAUUGUGAAGUCUGUAAGGAGAGGUUUGAUGACGCGAAGAAGCAUGCGCUUGUAUGCCUCGACAAUUGUCCCGUCGAGGUCAUUUGUCACUUCUUCAAUUGCUCAUGGCAUUUUAUAGAUGCAUAUCGCAGAGGGUUGACCAGGAAGGUGGUAGAAUGA